UCUUUGGUCAAUGUGACUAUAUGUUUGCAUGUGAUAAUUUUUCGACUAAAUUUCGUAAAAGUAAUUCUUGACGUUUAAUUUAUUUAGAAAUCUGCAAAGAAAUUUAUCAGUGCAAAAGGAAACUUGUGACAAGUAUUAUUAUCUAUAUCAUCUAAACUAAGAACAUGGCUUCAAGAACGAAUCAUGGUAUUCAAAGAGUUUUAAGGAAAUUAGAAAACUCUAUUAAUUCAGGAAAUUAUUAUGAAGCUCAUCAAAUGUACAGAACAUUAUAUUUUCGAUACAUCGCUCAAGAAAAGUACUCAGAUUUAUUAGACUUACUUUAUAACGGUGCAAUUUUGCUUUUACAACGUGAUCAGCACGCAAGUGGAGCAGACUUAGGAAUUUUAUUUAUCAAUGUGCUCAACAGAAAAGAGGUAGAAGAACUUCAAAGUUCUUUUGAAAAAAUCACUAACUUAUUCAGCAUUAUGAAGCCUGCUACACCUGAACGAGAAACAUUUAUUAAUAAUGCUUUUAAAUGGAGUUUGAAACAUACAAACUGCAAAUGGGGACAUCCUGAUUUACAUAAAAUGAUAGCUCAAAUUUAUUGGCAAGAAAAAAACUAUACAAUGGCUAGACAACAUUUUGUCUAUAGCUGUGAUGGUUCAGGUUGUGCAUCAAUGCUUGUAGAAUUACAUCAGCAACAUGGAUAUUCUAAUGAAGUUGACCUUUUCAUAACUCAAGUUGUUUUACAGUAUCUUUGUUUACACAAUACAACCACUGCACAAGAAGCCUUCGAAUCUUAUACAUCUCAACACCCCAAAAUAAGACGUGGACCUCCUUACAUUUUGCCAUUAUUAAAUUUUUUAUAUUUUUUACUGAAAACUAUCAAGAUAUCUUCAUUCGGAGGAUUCUCAGUUUUAUGUGAACAGUAUCAGAUAAGUUUAAAUAGAGAUCCAAGCUAUCGAACAUAUUUAGAUAAAAUCGCGCAGCUAUUCUUCAAUGCUCCAGCACCACGACCAAAACGGCAAGGCUUGUUUGGUAGUAUCUUACAAUCAUUUUUUAAUGGUCUUGAAGAAGAUGAUUCAGAUCGUGAAGAUCAAGUAUCACGACAAUUGAAUAGUAAUGCCUCAACUUCACAUGCAGUUCAAGAGCUUGAUUAACUUUAUCUGGUCCGAGAAAUAUUAUAGAUGUGAAAGAACUUAUAAAAAUUUCGAUUUUUGUAAGAACAUGUAUUGUAAUAAUGAAAAAGAAUAAUACUUUUAAAAAAAUAUUAUAAAUAUUAAAUUAACAUAAAUACGUAUGUAUAGAAACAUUAAAAUUUAUAAUUAUAAGGCUGAGAAAGUGGAUCGAGACUUGUAUUGUUAUGUGGUUUAAAUUGAAUGAAUAGCUAUUGAUCAGUUAAUAACUGCUCCAAUAAAUUUUCAAUACACUCUCAUUAUUGAUGACCAUUUAAGUUAAGCUUAAAUUAAUAAUAAUUUAUAAGUAAAAAUGAAACAUGAUAAUAUUAUUAUUAUUAUUAUUAUUAUUAUGAAGCUUCAUUCACAACCAAGAUCUAAUAAGAAACUUGUAUUAAGUCAUGAAGAAUUAAUGCAAUGUACAAAAUAACUACAAUAUUUGAGUGAGUUAUAUUUUAAUAGUUGAUGUAAUAUUGUAUACGACUAUAACUUAAGUUAAAAGAAAGGUGAUACUUUAACUAAAACUAAAAGUUUUAAUAUUUCUCUUACAUAGUAAAAAAUCAUGUAUGUGUAGACUAAUGAUAGUAUUGGAAUGAACUUUUUAAAAUAAUUUUUCCUUUGUAUCUGUAUAUAAUUAUAUAUUUUGAAAUUUGUAUAUUCGGCAGACGUAUUAGAAAUGCAUCAAAAUUAUAUAU